CAAUGUCAUCUAGUCCAGUAAACAGUCCAUUCUCUGGACUACAUCAUCAUGCGAGUUCAUUGCUAACACCUAGUCAAUUAUUAGCAGCAAGUCAAACGGCUGCCUUAAUGGCAGCAUCAGGAUUGCCAGUAAGUCUACAUGCUACCUUAUCUUCUAAUCCAGGUUUAUUUCAUCCAAGUUUAUUUGGCCACGUAUGGUCAACAAACGCUAGUAACAAUGUAAUGCCACCAAUUCAAACACCACCCACACCAACGGGUGGACGUGAAGGUGGUCUUGUAUCUCCAAUAUCACCCAACUCAAAAGCACGUAAGCACAAUAAUAAUAACAUCGUAAGCAGCAGUAGUGGUGACUUAAUUGGGCACAAAGCUGAGAGGUCAAGAAAAACUGCCAGAAAACUGCAAGAUAUUAUUGAUCGGUCUCCAAUUAUGACUGAUAUCACACCAUCAUCUGGGCAAUUAUCACCACCGACUAGUGGAUCAUCACCUCCUAGUAGUACUGGCGAGAUUAGUAUAAUCAAAGAUAAUGGUGCUAAUCGAGGCGAUAAACAAUUUAUCUGUGGCGUGUGUAAUCGAUCGUUUGGCUACAAACAUGUCUUACAGAACCAUGAACGUACCCAUACCGGAGAGAAACCAUUCGAAUGUCCCGAAUGUCAUAAACGUUUCACACGCGAUCACCAUCUUAAAACUCAUAUGCGGUUACAUACUGGGGAGCGUCCUUAUCACUGUGACCAUUGUGACCGACAUUUUGUUCAAGUGGCAAAUUUACGGAGGCACUUACGUGUACAUACCGGGGAAAGACCGUACAGUUGUAAAGAAUGUUCUGCACGAUUUUCCGAUUCCAAUCAAUUGAAAGCACAUGUACUGAUCCAUAAAGGUGAGAAACCAUUCCGUUGUGAUCGAUGCCAAGGACGAUUCCGUCGAAGGCAUCAUUUGAUGCAUCAUAAGUGUGGAUCUACAGAUCCAAUUUUAAGUCCUACAUCCGAUGUAACGGAAUUGAUGCCAUCUCCACAACAAGAUGAUAUUAAAAUUGAACGCCGUAUGAGUUUAGAUGACGAAAGCCCUGAAGAUUUAUCACGAAAGUCACGUGAUGUGCGACGAGUUGUAUCGCGUAUGUUACCCUCUUCAAUAGUACCACCAAUAAUCACACUACCCUUACAUGUUACACUUCCGGAACAAACGGAACCAGAAGAUUUAUCAAUGAGUACUGGACAUAACCAUUCAUCGAGUAGUUCCCCGUCCGCUUGUACAUCCCCAUGUUCGGUAGCAGAUACCCAUCAUGAGGAUGAUGAUAUGGAGGAUGAAUUAGAUGAUGAACUGGAUGAAGCUGCAACCUUAUUUUUAAAAAGACAACAACAGAUAAAUGCCACUGACAGUAGACGAAGGGAAAAUUUACAGAAUUCACACCAUCGUAUGACGUCAUAA